AUCAAUUGGCCAUAUAAAUGGUCUCGCAACGGCCGAUGGAUUAUCGAACGUGUCAGUCUGCCUGACGUAUCCAAGACGGUUCCGGGGAAAUCCCUGAUGCGAGAGAGAAACGGUCUUAAAAUAUAUACGCGGCUCCACUCUCCCGAUCACUGUCCGUCCCGUCAGUCCACUGACUGUCGAUCACGUUUCGUUACAGACGCUAGACGAAGCGAAUAUGGAUCCAGAUCGCAGAUUGUUUUGAGGUGCAAAAUGUCGAAUUCGCCGGAAAUCUUUGUCAGUACAAUGCAUCGAGACUUUAAUUGGCCCUAUGCGAAACCUCCAAAACCACCCUCGCCACCGAUGGAUACCAUCGGUGUUCAACCGUAUCUCCUCAAAUCCGAUCCAGAGGAUUGUAAAUGCGACGUUCACGGCCUCAAGACUGGGAAAGCUAGGUAUCGACAGCUAGCCAAUAAGGAACGUCGACUUUACGACGAGCUAAUUAAGGUCAAUCGUGAAAUGACGGAGCUUAUCUCAUCGAUGUUAGAUAGCGGCUGCGAUGUGGAAGAGACAAUGAAAAGCGUUUACAAAACUGAUUACGAGAAGAGAGGUCUACCCGUCACGCAAUACAGACCAUUAAUGGCAGCGAUAGAUUCGCCGCUUGGGUUACCCAUUACCUCAACAAUUAUUAAUUUAAAAGACGCUAGGAAAGAUCCUACUAAAUUUAAAACCUCGGCUAUAGAGCCUAACAGUUCAACCUGUCAAGAUGACAAAACUGUUAAACGAUAAGCAAGAUGCAGUAACAGAAAAUAUGACAUCAACGAAUACUUCAUUAACAAUUGCUUCAAAUAGAAAAAACAAUACAAAAAAUUUUAAUCCAAAUAUUGAAAAUAAAUAUUGUACAAUGUUACUAACUACUACUACUAAAUGGUUCGCUUGUGAUAUUGGAGUUAGUAUGCUCAUAAUAGUAUAUAUAUCUGGGAAUUUUGUCCAAAGGUUGGAGAUCCAGCAUAUAGCCAGAUAGCACAUGGACAUCGUUUGGACUUCCAUCGAACGACAUUGUGGACAUUAGAAUAUCCAAAAUCUUCAAAUAUUUGAGGAUUGAGCAUUGCUUAUCAAAUUCACUAACUUCAAAAAUAGUUUUCUUUUAUCAGAUUUUGUUAUUCAUUUUUUUCCAUUACAAUGUAUAAAAAUUAGUAUAUGUAUAGUGUACAAGGUAUAUCGUUCAUAUUUACACUCUUUCAGAGAAGAGUCUAUGUAAUUUUGCAUGUUAUUUUUAAUUUCAAAAAAAUUAUUUUCACCCAAUUAUCCGCAAUUUCUCCAUUACGGAAUUAGAUUCUGAGACAUCGGAUUACGUGAUAGAAUCUUCUUCUCAUAAUCCUUCCCGAAUGUCACCUAAAUAUCCCAGCGAACCGAACAACUCAUGUGUCAUUGUUAAAUAAAAGAUAAAUAGAAUAUA